AUGGCGGUCGGAGUCGGCGGACCCGCAGUGGCCGAGCGGUCGCCCGACGCCGUCCUCUUCGACAUGCGCAGCAAAUCCGAGGACAUCCGCUUCCGUGCCGCCAACGAGCUCUCCCACUACGUCCUCGCCAGCUCGCGCACCCUGUCGGCAGAAGCCUUCAACAAGGUCUAUUCGGAGAUCCACGCCCGAUGCUUUGCCCUCGUCAACUCGGGCGACCUCCAGGACAAGCUCGCUGGCAUCACCGCCAUCGACAAGCUCGUGGACGUCCUCGGCAACGACAUGUCGCGCGCGAUCCGCCUCGCCGCCUCGGUCCAGCGCGCCUUCCCUUGUCCCGACCCGCUCGUCAUGACCAUGGCGGCCAAGGUCUUUGCUCGACUGGCGGCGCAAGGAGGGUCGCAGAUGGGCGAGCACGUCGACAUCCAGGUCAAGAGCUGUAUCGAGUGGCUGCAAGGCGAGCGCAUCGAGGCACGACGCUACGCCGCCGUCCUCGUCCUGCGCGAGUUGACCCGCUCGGCGCCGGGCCUCGUAUACGAGAACGUGCCCGACCUGCUCGACAACCUGUGGACCGCGCUCCGCGACCCCAAGGUCGCCAUCCGCGAGGCGGCGUCGGGCGCGCUCGCCGGGUGUCUCGUCAUCGCCAUGCAGCGCGACUCUCAGUACCGCAACGACAUGUUCACCAUGGAGUUGUUCCUCCAGAGCAAGACGUACAUGAGCGACCGCUACGCCGAGACGUGCGACCAGAUCCUGUCGUUCAAGGACCAUCGCGACCCGCUCGUGCGGCGCGCCGUCGUCGAGCUCAUUCCGACCCUCGCCUCGUUCAACACGCCGGCGUUCACGUCCCAGUACCUCCACAAGACGAUGGUGUUCCUCCUCGGCCAGCUCAAGAACAACCGCGACCGCACGACGUCGUUCCAGGCGAUCGGCCUCGUCGCCAUGCAGGUCAAGGCGGCCAUGGCGCCCUACCUCGACCCGAUCCUCACGAGCGUCAAGGAGGGCCUCCUGCAGCGCGGCAAGAAGGGCGCGCCGUCCGAGGAGAGCAUCUUUCAGUGCAUCGGCAUGCUCGCCCAGUCGGUAGGGCAGGCGCUCACCAAGCACAUGCACGAGCUCCUCGACCUCAUGUUCGCGUACGGCCUGUCGCCGGCGCUCGAGGUCGCCCUCACGCAGCUCGGCAAGGACAUCCCGCCCCUGUUGCCCGAGAUCCAAGAGCGCAUCCUCAACCUCGUGUCGCAGAUCCUCGCCGGCGAGCCGUUCGUCCAGGCCGGCGCGCCCCGUCGUCAACAGCGCCUCGAGCGCGCCCUGCAGCUCCCGGCCGAGCAGCGCGACGAGGCCCAGAUCAUGCUCGCGCUCGAGGUCCUCGGCACGUUCAACUUCCGGGGCGUGUUCCAGAUCCACCGCACGGCGCCGCCGUCCGAGGCCGACGACGAGCACAGCCUCGGCGAGUUUGUCCGGGACCACGUGGCGCGGUACGUCGACGACGACAACCCCGACAUCCGCCGUGCGGCCGCCCUGUCGUGCUGCUCGAUCCUCGCGCACGACCCGGUCGUUGGCCAGACGAGCAACAACGCCAUCCGGCUCGUCAACGAGGUCCUCGAGAAGCUCCUCACGCUUGCCAUCGCCGACCCGGACCCAACCAUCCGCCAGGACACGAUCUCGAACCUCGACGCCAAGUUUGACCGCCACCUCGCGCAAGCUGAAUGCGUCCGGUCGCUGUUCAUCGCGCUCAACGACGAGGUGUACGCGAUCCGCGAGGUCGCCAUCAAGAUCAUCGGUCGCCUCGCCGGCGUCAACCCGGCGUACGUCAUGCCGUCGCUCCGCAAGACGCUCAUCCAGCUCUUGACGGAGCUCGAGUACUCGACCUCGGCCCGGAGCAAGGAGGAGGCGUCGACCCUCCUCGGGCUCCUCGUCGGCGCGUCGCAGCGCCUCACGCGCCCCUACGUCGUCCCGAUGCUCAACGUCCUCCUGCCCAAGUCGCGCGACGCGUCGCCCGCCGUCGCCUCGAGCAUCAUGACGACGCUCGGCGAGCUCGCGAGGGUCGGCGGCGAGGACCUCCUCGUCCAACUCGGGCCCCUCAUGGCCCUCAUCCUCGACACGCUCCACGACCAGGCGUCGACCGUCAAGCGCGAGGCGGCGCUGCACACGCUCGGCCAACUGAGCUCGUACGCCGGCUACGUGAUCGACCCGUACCUCGACCACCCGAGCCUUCUCGGGCUCCUCAUCGGGCUCCUCAAGACCGAGUCGGGGCAGCACACGCGGCGCGAGAUCAUCCGCGUCAUGGGCACGCUCGGCGCGCUCGACCCGUACCGGCACACGGUCGUCGAGGGCAUCUCGAACGACGCGUACGUCGAGGCGUUUAACCCGACCGACCCGACGCACCCGUCCAACAUCGGGCCCCAGCACGACGAGUACUACCCGACGAUCGCCUUCUCGGCGCUCCUCGUCGUCUUCAACGACCCGUCCCUGUCGGAGCACCACACGGCCGUCGUCGACGCCAUCAUGUACAUCUUCAGGUCGUUGCGCCUCAAGGUCGUCACGUUCCUCCCUCAAGUCCUGCCGGCGUUCCUCAACGUCAUGCGCAGCUGCCCCGUCGGCCUCCAGGAGUACUACUUCCAGAACCUCGGCCAGCUCAUCUCGAUGGUCAAGCAGCACGUCCGCAACCACCUGGCGCCCAUCAUGGCCACCAUCCGCGAGUUCUGGACGACGACGACCAACCCGGGCCUGCAGGUCAUCAUCGUCGACGUGAUCCAGUCGAUCGCGCUCGCGCUCGACGCCGAGUUCAAGGCCUACCUGCCCAACCUCCUCCCGCUCAUGCUCCAGGCGUUCGAGCAAAACCUCGGGUUCAAGGAGGCGCGCCGCCAGAACACGCUCAUCCGGGUCCUGCACGCGUUCGGCAUCUUUGGGUCGAGCCUCGAGGAGUACCUGCAUCUCGUCAUCCCGGCCAUCGUCCGCACGUUCGAGCAACCCGACGUGCCCCUCAUCCUCCGCAAGCAGGCGAUGCAGACCAUCACGCAGCUGUCGCGCAAGCUCAACUUUGCCGACCACGCGUCGAGCAUCGUGCACCCGAUCGCGCGCGUCCUGUCGUCGCCCAUGUCGCCCGCCGAGCUGCGCACGCCCGCCAUGGAGGCCCUGUGCGCCAUCCUCCUUCAGAUGGGCUCCGACUUUGUCCUGUUCGUCGGCAUGAUCAACAAGGCCCUCGUCAAGAACCGCAUCGUCCACACCCAUUACGAGGGGCUCGUCGCUCGCCUCCUCAAGGGCGAGCCUCUGCCCCAGAACCUCACGUUCGGCGACCCGAUCAUCCUCCCGAGCAACGAGGCGACCGUCGCUGCCGACGCCGGCGUCGGCAAGCUCCCCGUCAACCAGGUCAUGCUCAAGGCGGCGUGGGAGCCGGCCGACCGCGCCAAGCCCGACGACUGGCGCGAGUGGCUCAAGCGCCUGAGCGUCCAGCUCCUCAAGUCGUCGCCGUCCCACACGCUCCGGGCGUGCGCCAACCUCGCCGAGGUGUACCCGCCACUCGCUCGCGACCUGUUCAACGCCGCGUUCGUCUCGUGCUGGACCGAGCUGUACGACCAGUACCAGGAGGAGCUCGUGCGCGCCAUCUCGACCGCGCUCGCCUCGCCGACGUUGCCGCCCGAGAUCACCCAGACGCUCCUCAACCUCGCCGAGUUUAUGGAGCACGACGACAAGGUCCUGCCGAUCCCGAUCGCGACGCUCGGCGCGUACGCCCUCAAGUGCCGCGCCUACGCCAAGGCGCUGCACUACAAGGAGCUCGAGGUCCUGUCGGACCCGUCGGUCCAGACGAUCGAGGAGCUCAUCCGCAUCAACAACUCGCUCCAGCAACCCGACGUGUCGAUCGGCAUCCUCACGCACGCGCACCAGGUCCACAACCUCGAGCUCAAGGAGGAGUGGUACAUCGAGCUCGAGCGGUGGGAGGACGCGCUCGCCGCGUUCGAGCGCCGCACGCAGGAGGCGCCCGGCGACACCGAGGCGACGCUCGGCCGCAUGCGGUGCCUGCACGCGCUCGGCGAGUGGGAAUCGCUCGCCAUCCUCGCGCAGGAAAACUGGUCCAAGGCGCCGCACGACAUGAAGCGCAAGAUUGCGCCGCUCGCCGCCGCCGCGUCGUGGGGGCUCGCGCAGUGGGAGUCGAUGGACGCCUACAUCCAGGUCCUCAAGCACGACUCGGCCGACCGCGCCUGGUUCCGCUCCAUCCUGUCGAUCCACCGCGGCCAGUUCCACAAGGCGCAGAGCCACAUCAACAAGGCGCGCGACCUGCUCGACACCGAGUUGACGACGCUCGUCGGCGAGAGCUACAACCGCGCCUACGACGCCGUCGUCCGCAUCCAGAUGCUGUCCGAGCUCGAGGAGAUCAUCACGUACAAGGAGGCGACCGCCCACGGCAACCAGGAGCGCCGCGCCGUCAUCCAGAAGACGUGGAUGAAGCGCCUCAAGGGCUGCAAGCGCGACGUCGACGUGUGGCAGCGCAUCCUCAAGGUCCGCGCGCUCGUCGUCACGCCGCGCGAGAACACCGAGAUGUGGGUCAAGUUCGCCAACCUGUGCCGCAAGUCGGGCCGGCUCGGCCUCGCCGAGAAGACGCUCAACUCGCUCCUCGGCGACGACCACGCGACCAUGGGCGGGCCGGCCAUGUCGGGCCCGCCCCAGGUCAUCUACGCGCACCUCAAGUACCAGUGGGCGAGCGGCGCCCGCGAGGAGACGCUCGCGUUCCUGCGCGACUUUACCGCCAAGCUGUCGGCCGACCUCGGCAUCCACCCGGACGGCGAGCAGGCGGCCAACGCCGAGGUCGUUAACUCGGGGCGCAAGGCCGAGUACACGCGCCUCCUCGCUCGCUGCCACUACAAGCUCGGCGAGUGGCAGAGCGCCAUGCAGGAGGACUGGGGCUCGGACAUCAUCCCCGACAUCCUGCGCUCGUACCUGCUCGCGACGAGCCUCGACCCGACGUGGUACAAGGCGUGGCACGCGUGGGCCCUCGCCAACUCGGAGGUCGUGUCGCACUUUGCCAAGAGCCAGGGCGAGCAGGACCCGAACAAGCCCCAGGCCUACUCGGUCCACCUCGUGCCCGCCGUCCAAGCCUUCUUCCGCUCGAUCGCCCUGUCGACCGACAGCUCGCUGCAGGACACGCUCCGCCUCCUGACGCUCUGGUUCAAGUACGGCCACGUCAACGAGGUCUCGACCGCCAUCAUGGAGGGCUUCCGCAGCGUCUCGAUCGACACCUGGCUCGACGUCGUUCCGCAGCUCAUCGCCCGCAUCCACGCGCCCGACCCGGCCGUGCGCAAGCUCAUUCAGCACGUCCUGACGGACGUCGGGCGGGCGCACCCGCAGGCGCUCGUCUACCCGCUCACGGUCGCGUCCAAGUACCCGAGCGAGACUCGCCGCCGUGCCGCCCUGUCGAUCAUGAACAAGAUGCGCGACCACAGCGCGACGCUCGUCGAGCAGGCCGUCCUCGUCUCGCAAGAGCUCAUCCGGGUCGCCAUCCUGUGGCACGAGUUGUGGCACGAGGGCCUCGAGGAGGCGUCGCGGCUCUUCUACGGCGACCACAACGUCGACGCCAUGUUUGCGACGCUCGAGCCGCUCCACGACAUGCUCGAGAAGGGUCCCGAGACGCUGCGCGAGAUCUCGUUCGCCCAGACGUUCGGCCGAGACCUCGCCGACGCGCGCGAGUCGUGCCGGCGGUACCGCCAGUACGGCGAGAUCAACGACCUGAAUCACGCGUGGGACCUCUACUACCAGGUCUUCCGCAAGAUCAACAAGAACCUGCCGACGCUCACGCUCCUCGAGCUGCAGUACGUCUCGCCCAAGCUCCUCAACGCCAAGGACCUCGAGCUCGCCAUCCCGGGCACGUACCAGACGGGCAAGCGCAUCGUGCGCAUCGCGAGCUUUGGCGCCAACCUCGAGGUGUUCACGUCGAAGCAGCGCCCGCGCAAGCUUCGCGUCCAUGGCAGCGACGGCGUCGAGUACAACUUCCUCCUCAAGGGCCACGAGGACCUGCGCCAAGACGAGCGCGUCAUGCAGCUGUUCGGCCUCGUCAACACGCUCCUCGGCAAGGACCCCGAGACGUUCAAGCGGCACCUGACGAUCGUCAAGUACCCCGUCAUCCCGCUCUCGCCCAACUCGGGCCUGCUCGGGUGGGUCAACAACACCGACACGCUCCACGUCCUCAUCAAGAACUACCGCGACAGCCGCAAGAUCCUGCUCAACAUCGAGCACCGCCUCAUCCUCCAGAUGGCGCCCGACUUUGACCACCUCAUGCAGAUCCAGAAGCUCGAGGUGUUCGAGUACGCCUUGGACAACACGACGGGCCAGGACUUUUACCGCGUCCUGUGGCUCAAGAGCCGCAACUCGGAGGCGUGGCUCGACCGCCGCAGCAACUACUGCCGCACGCUCGCCGUCAUGUCCAUGGUCGGCCACAUCCUCGGCCUCGGCGACCGGCACCCGUCCAACCUCCUCAUGGACCGCGUCAGCGGCAAGAUCGUCCACGUCGACUUUGGCGACUGCUUCGAGGUGGCCAUGCAGCGCGAGAAACACCCCGAGAAGGUCCCGUUCCGCCUCACGCGCAUGCUCACCUCGGCCAUGGAGGUGUCGGGCAUCGAGGGCACGUUCAAGAUCACGUGCCAGCACACGAUGCGCGUGUUGCGCGAGAACAAGGAGUCGAUCCUCGCCGUCCUCGAGGCGUUCGUCCACGACCCGCUCAUCAACUGGAGGCUCGUCCAGGGCGGCAGGCAGGUGGGAGGGCAGCAGGCGCGAGGCGGGCCGGAGAACGGGGCGGCGGGUGCGACGAGGCGGCCUCGAGGCGACGAGACCAACAUUCACGAUGAUGGAGCAGUGGGCGAGAUCAACACGCGAGCUGUACAAGUCAUCGAGCGCGUGCAACAGAAGCUCACCGGCCGCGAUUUCAAGCCGACCCAGAGCCUCGCUGUCGAUGCCCAAGUCGACCGGCUCAUCGAGCAGGCGACCUCGCUGGCCAACCUCUCGCAAAUGGUGACCGCCUCCUCCGCCGCCGACCCGACCUUCCCGCCCUUCGACCCACCUCCUCUCGCACCUCCUGCCGUCCUCGAUACCCUCGUCGUCGUUCUCUAUCCGUCCGCUGUAGCUGUAGACGUCCUGGAAGAUACCUCUUUUCUCUCUCU